CAGGAGAAUCUCUAGGAGGUUGUUCCAAAAUGCCUAGUUUGUCUUCAUUAGGAAAUGGAUGCUACUAAUACUCAACCCCACCACCACCACCACUACUACAGUCAUCUAUCCAACAAAAACACCAUACAAUAAUCAUCAAACCAACAAACAACAAAAGAAACACACAUGGUUAGUGGACAAGUUUCUCAUGAGCUGGAAAUCAAGGCGCCAGCCACCCAAGUUUGGGAGCUCUAUGGCACGCUUCAACUGUCAGAUCUCGUCGAGGAACAACUCCCAACUGUCAUUGAAAAGAUUGACUUAGUUGAAGGCGAUGGCGGCGUUGGAACAAUUCUCCGCCUUGAUUUUGUCCCUGGCGCAGCAAAGUUCAAGAGUUACAAGGAGAAGUUCAUUAAGGUAGACAACGAGAAGCGUGUGAAGGACGCUGAAAUUGUGGAAGGAGGAUACCUGGAAUUGGGCUUCACACUUUAUCGAGUUCGCUUUGAGGUCAUCGAGAAAGGUGAAGAUUCCUCCAUUAUCAAGUCCACCAUUGAAUACGAGCUCAAGGAUGACUCUGCUGAAAACGUUUCCCUUGUGUCCCUUGACGCCCUGGCAGCCAUCGCCCUUAUUGCACAAAACCAUCUCACUAAGACCAAUGCUUAAAUCAAAUGUAUUUCAUUUCUCAGUCCUCGUUAACAAUAAAAAAAUAAUAAUAAUAAUAUGAAUUAGAAGUUUUAUGGUU